GAAAAGAAAAGAAAAGAAAAGAGGAAAAAAGAAGGGGAUUCGCCGUCGUCAAGCAGGCUAGAAGACAUCAUCAGCCUUUCCUUCCACCUGCUUCCGCCGCGCCAUCUUCUCCUCCCCCGCCGCCGCCGCGCCGGCCGCCGUCUCCUUAGUCACUCCCCUCCUCAAUCCGUUCACCCCGCCGCGUCCCGGCGGACCGGACCCAGCAAUUGGUGGCAUCCGACCCCCGUCCCCACCUCUCGCGCUCUGCUGAGCCUGAAUCCGAGGAGCGCUUCCCCCCUCUCGGCGGCAUGGACACGGAGCCGCUGCUGUCGGCGCAAAUGCUCCGCUCGCUGCCGGAGCACUCGGAGGUCUCCCACUUCUCCGCCCCGCCCUCCUCCCCGGCCUCCUCCUACAAGGAGCGCAUCAUCUUCGGCGCCCACCCGCCGCCGCCGCCGCCCCCUCCGCCCCCGCCGCCGCCGCACGGCGCCCACUACCGCCGCGGCUCCAUCGACGGGCUCCGCGACCUCGACCUGCCGUCCUGCUCCUCGGCCCCGCCCUCGCCGCCGCCGGACCCGGAGGACCCCUCCUCCGCCUCUGCCGCCUCGCCCUCGCUCUUCGACUUCAUCGCCGUCGCCACCGGCGGCCGCACCAACCUCCACCGCUCCCGCACCGCGCCGGCCAUGGCGCCGCUCAGCGCCGCGGCGUUCGCGGCCGCCGCCGCGGCCGGGGACCAGCCGCCGCCCAAGCGCCCGGCCAUCGUCCUGCACGCAUUCCUCUUCCUACUCGCCUACCUCGCCCUCGGCGUCACCUUCUACGCCGCCGCGCCGGCCAACUUCACCUCCUCCGCGGGGCCCACGCACCCCGUUGCAGACGCGCUCUACUUCUGCAUCGUCACGCUCUGCACCAUCGGGUACGGGGACAUCACGCCGGCGACUCCUGCCGCCAAGCUCUUCUCCAUCUCCUUUGUCCUCGUCGGCUUCGGCUUCGUUGACAUCCUUCUCUCCGGGAUGGUCUCCUACGUGCUCGACCUGCAGGAGCACCUCCUCAUCACUGCGCUAAAGGACCCAAGCUCUGCGCGCAAGCACCGCCACAACUACAUCUUCGAUGUCAAGAAGGGAAGGAUGCGCAUUCGUAUGAAGGUGGCGCUCGCGCUGGGCGUUGUGGCCAUCUGCGUGGGUGUCGGAGCAGCAGUUCUUAGGAAGGUGGAGAGCCUGGGGUGGCUCGACUCGGUCUAUCUCUCGGUGAUGUCAGUGACCACAGUCGGCUACGGGGACCAUGCGUUCCGCACACUAGCUGGGCGGCUUUUUGCAUCCGCUUGGCUGCUCGUGUCCACCCUGGCUGUGGCAAGGGCGUUCCUCUACUUGGCGGAGAUGAGGAUUGACAAGAGGCACCGUGCGAUGGCCAACUGGGUGCUGUCGAGAGACAUGACUGUGUCUGAAUUUCUUGCUGCUGAUAUUGACAACAAUGGAUAUGUCACGAAAUCAGAAUUCGUGAUUUACAAGCUCAAGGAGAUGGGGAAGAUUUCUGAGAAAGACAUCAUGAUGGUCUGCGAUCAAUUCCAAAGGCUGGACACCGGAAACUGUGGCAAGAUUACGCUUUCGGAUCUUCUGGAGAGCCAUCACUUGGUCGCAGAACCCAGAGACAAGAAAAAGGGGAAGAAAUCAUAACACAUAUCUUGGUACGCACAAAAACCGUAGAGCAGCAUUAGAUUUUUGGGGCCUGGAAAUAUGCAAAUGUCAGCAAGGCUAGAAUCAGGAUGCAUUCUCCUGCACGAAUGGGGUGGCCUGAAUCCACUGAAGGUAGAAGUUGCAGUUGCUCACCAGAUAUGAUUCUAGCUACAAAUGGUGGAAAGGUCAUUAGUGUGAAUAGGAGGCGGCUGUAAAUAUGAACAAUUAUACAGGGCAGUCUAUUCAGAUUCUUUUAUGAUUACAUAUAUGUGGCGGGGGAUUAGGCAUUUUUUACCGAGCAUUUCUGGGCCUUGCGAAAAGAAGAAGAUAUAUCUGGCCACAGUUGAGCUGCAUGAAUGAGUUCAGUCAGAUGUGGACCCUGUGGUGGUCCAUAUAGCUGAGAGGUUGGUGAGGCAGAUUCGAUGGCUCCUUUUUGGUUGCAUGUCUACGUUGGAUACCACAAAUUUUAUUCUUGAUGUAACGACGACGUUCCGUGAUUCAUGCUAGCAAGGCAUUGCAACACCGGCCGCUGUCACGAAA